UGUCACCCUGGAUUCAAUAAUUUCAUUUUGAUUCCGGAGCCUGAGGGGGACAUAUUUUUUGGAUUAUCACCUGAUAAUGAUGCUGCCCCGGUGCUGAUUCAGGGUGUGACUGCUGGAGGCAGAAAGACACACCUUAGUAACUAAAAAGUGACAGCCCGACUGGACAGCUUGAUGGUGGUAAUAAGUUAAACAAAACAAACUCGAACCAAGGCCGAGAUGGAAUUACGACUGGGAUUUAGGAUCACCCUGGUCUUGGUCACCCUGGCCUUGACUCUUUCCGGCAAGAGAGUGGAAGCACAGAGGGCAGGAUGUAAAAACGUUCACUAUGACUUGGCAUUUAUCUUGGACACCUCAUCCAGUGUUGGAAAAGAGAACUUUGAAAAGAUCAGGCAAUGGGUGGCCAAUCUUGUAGAGUCUUUUGACGUGGCACCUGACAAGACAAGAGUAGCUGUGGUUCGCUACAGUGACAGACCCACCACUGAGUUCACCCUAGGCAAACACAGGACCCUGGAGGAGGUGAAGCGAGCUGCCCGUAACAUACGCUACCUGGGGGGAAAUACAAUGACUGGGGACGCUAUCAGCUACACAACCACCAACAUCUUCACGGAGCGUAAUGGAGCUAGGCCCGCAGCCAGAGGCAUUCAGAAGGUGGCCAUCCUUCUUACAGAUGGCCGAAGCCAGGAUUAUGUUCUGGAGCCCUCGAAGGCGGCUGCCAAAGCCGGCAUCAGGAUGUUUGCUGUGGGCAUUGGGGAGGCUCUGAAGGUGGAGCUGGAGGAGAUUGCUGCCGAGCCAAAGAAUGCCCACGUCUUCCAUGUGACAGACUUUAAUGCCAUUGACAAGAUCAGAGGCAGGCUAAGGAGGAGGCUGUGCGAGAAUGUCCUGUGUCCAAACAUGAAGGUUCAACCUGAUCGCUUCAAGCCCAACAGCACCAGUUAUGGUCUUGAGGAGGUUCCAGGGUUUGACCUGAUGGAGUACUUCAAUGUGAGAGAUAUUCUGGGAACCAAAGUUGAUGAAGGCUCGAGCGCUUACGUUCGCCUUGGUACUAUGCCCAUUGUACAGCAAACAGAGGAUGUGUUUCCUCAGGGGUUGCCAGAUGAAUACGCCUUUGUGACGACAUUCAAAUUCAGGAAAACCUCGAGACGUGAAGACUGGUACCUCUGGCAGGUUUUUGACAAAUAUGGAAUCCCACAGGUGUCCAUCCGCCUGGACGGCGAGAACAAGGGGGUGGAGUACAACGCUGUCGGCCUGACAAAAGAUGCUGUCAGAGCUGUGUUCAAGAACCCCGAAGUUGAAAACCUGUUUGACCGCAGCUGGCACAAGAUUGCCCUCAGUGUGGAGGCCAAGUCUGUGUCUCUGUACCUGGACUGCAAACACAUCCAGACUCUACCCAUCGAAGACAGGGAGGAUAUUGAUAUCCAAGGGAGGACGGUGAUUGGGAAGAGGCUGUAUGACAGUGUGCCAAUAGAUUUUGACCUCCAGAGGAUGAUGAUUUAUUGUGAUUCCAAGCAUGCAGAGCUGGAAACCUGUUGUGAUAUACCCAACGGACCUUGCCCAAAGAAAGUUGUCACAGAGGCCCCGCCUGUGCAGAUCCCCACUCCAACACCAACCAGUGUGGAGCAGCAACGAGGCCCUCAUGUGAACUGUUCCUGUCCUGCAGGAGAGAAGGGCGAUACAGGGAAGAUAGGUUUGACAGGUGCUCCUGGACAAAAAGGAGAGAAGGGACUUGGUGGUGUGCCAGGUAUUGAUGGUUUGCCUGGAGACAAAGGAGACAAGGGCGAAGGAGGAGUGGCUGGAGCUCCAGGGCUGCCAGGUCUAGCUGGACAAAAGGGAAUUCAAGGGGAUCAAGGAAUUCCUGGCAUGCCAGGACCAACAGGUGUCACUGGUGAAUCAGGUAUUAAAGGGGAAAAAGGAAGUCCAGGAGCCAGGGGCGAGGUAGGUUUGGAUGGAUUUCCUGGCAAACCUGGUGUUCCGGGGAAAGAUGGUUUGAGAGGACUGGCUGGUGCACCCGGAGCCAGCGGACUAAAAGGCAACAAGGGGGAGAGAGGCCUUCCCGGAUUACCUGGGGAUGUGGUUCAAAAAGAAGGCUUACGAGGUGAAAAGGGAGAUGUUGGACCUUCUGGGCCUCCAGGGCCCGAGGGCCCCCCGGGGCCUCAGGGUCCUCCGGGUCUACAGGGCCUACCUGGGGAGCCGGGAGAGUUUGGCCAGAGGGGAAAGAAAGGUGAAAGUGGACUGCCUGGUGUGGACGGCCUCCCUGGACCUCCUGGUCCCCAGGGUCCACCUGGGCCGCCAGGGAACCAAGGACACACUGGACCCCCUGGUCUGCCUGGUGAAAUAGGAUUUUCAGGCAAACCUGGAGAGAUGGGAAAGCCUGGUCUUCCUGGUAAAGACGGUCUGGACGGUCUUCCUGGAAAUGACGGCACCAUGGGGCCCAGGGGAGAGCGUGGGACAGAUGGUUUUCCCGGCAAGCCUGGACCUAAGGGUGAUGACGGGCCUCCCGGACCAAGAGGGCCUCCAGGAGAAAGAGGAGAAUCUGGUACACCUGGUCAACAAGGUGUUGCUGGAGAAAGAGGAGAAAGAGGUUUUCAGGGAGAAAGAGGACAGGAUGGACCAACUGGGCCAAAAGGUGAAAAGGGCGACAAGGGUGAAGUGGGACCGAGGGGACAACCUGGUAUUCCGGGAGAUGUGGCAAGUGUCAUCCCUGAACCUGGUGAACCUGGAAAACCUGGAGAGAAGGGAGAGAAGGGGGAUCAAGGGAACCCAGGAGAGAUUGGUCAAAGAGGGUUACCUGGUGAACAAGGCUUUAAGGGACCACCUGGACCAGCGGGACCAAAAGGUGACACUGGACUAACGGGAGAGACAGGACGUGUUGGAGACCCUGGUCCACCUGGCAUAGCUGGCCCUCAGGGUCUUCGUGGAUUACCAGGAAAUGUGGGUAUACCAGGGACCAUUGGGCCUCCCGGUCCAGCUGGACAGAGAGGAGAAAAGGGCGAACAAGGUAAACCAGGACAAGCAGGUCCCUCAGGCCCACCCGGAGAUCCCGGUCUGACUGGACCCCCUGGCCCACCAGGAAAGGGGAAAGAGGGACAAAAUGGGGAGCCAGGACCACAGGGAAUUCAAGGACCCCCAGGGCCAAAGGGCCAACCUGGGUCACGGGGAGAACCAGGGUUACCAGGGGACAGGGGCACACCAGGAGAAGGCAAAGUGGGACCAUCGGGCUCUCCAGGAAAAGAUGGGGAACCUGGACCUGCUGGCUUGAGGGGUCUACCAGGAGUUGCCGGUCCUCAGGGCCCAGCAGGACAUAAUGGUUUACCAGGACGGCCGGGAGAUAAGGGAGCACCAGGAGAGCCUGGAAAGGCAGCAGACCUCUCUGAGCUGAAUCUGAAGGAUGUUUGCUCAGAUUGUCCUGCAGGUCCACCAGGACCACCCGGCCUCCCAGGAGUCCCAGGGGAUAAAGGACACACUGGACCACCGGGGAAAAAUGGUCAAGAUGGUUACCAAGGACCCCCGGGAACAGCUGGAGUUCCAGGGCCCCCUGGAGCCGACGGAGCAAAGGGUAUAAAGGGUGAUCGAGGACCCCCUGGAGGCCCUGGCGACAAAGGAGACAAGGGCCACCCUGGACCCCCUGGUCAUCCCGGUGCUGCUGGUUUAGUGGGUUCACCUGGUAACGAUGGACAGCCUGGCCCCGUUGGCCCCCCAGGACCCCCUGGAGAAAAGGGCAAAGAAGGUCUCAAAGGAAUCCAAGGACCACCGGGUCUUCCUGGCUUGAUCGGUCAGCCUGGAAAAAUGGGAAAAGACGGCAGAACAGGAGAAACAGGAGAACCUGGCAAGCAAGGUGAACCUGGACCACCAGGAAACCCAGGACUCAGGGGACUCCCGGGCUUUAAGGGCCACAGAGGAGAACCAGGAGCCCCUGGAGCUAAGGGAGAAGAUGGAAAGCCUGGACCACCUGGACGUGACGGCAAACCUGGAAAGGAGGGCUCUAUGGGACCUCCAGGCCGUGAAGGGCUUAGCGGGCCGAGAGGAGAGCCGGGCAAACAGGGUGAACCAGGGCCAUCGGGAAAAGCCGGUCUCCCUGGAACUCCGGGUCUUAGAGGGGACAAGGGAGAGCCGGGCAACCCUGGAUUACCGGGCUUUAGUGGGCCUAAAGGCCCAGCGGGGCCUCCUGGUCCAAGCGGCCCCGAGGGAAAACAGGGGAUGCCAGGCAGAGUCGGUGAUCGUGGACUCAAAGGAGAAAAGGGAGACGCGGGUACAAAGGGAGAUAAAGGUCAAAUAGGAGAUCCAGGUAUGCCUGGAAACCCUGGACCCCCUGGCAGAAAGGGCCACACGGGGAUGAUGGGCAUGUCGGGACCACCAGGAGAAAUGGGACCUCCUGGGCCACAAGGACCUUCAGGAAACCCCGGAGUCCCAGGCCAAAGGGGAGAGUCGGUAUCACUGGAGCAGAUGAGGCGGCUCAUCCAGGAGGAGCUGGCAAAACAAUUAGAUGCCAAAAUGGCUUACCUCAUGGCUCAGCUCCAGCCAGCUCAUGUGAAGAGUACAGCAGGCCGUCCAGGACCCCCGGGCCCUCCAGGUAAGGACGGCAGUACUGGACGACCUGGCCCCCCUGGAGAGCCUGGUAUGCCUGGACAGAAUGGAGGAGAAGGACCCAGGGGACCCAUGGGCCCUAAAGGUGAGAGAGGAUCCAAAGGAGAUAAGGGGGAACCGGGUAUUGGCGAAAGAGGAGAGCAAGGACCCGCUGGCCCGAUAGGUCCAGCUGGUCUGCCUGGUUACGGUAAAGACGGAAGCCCGGGACAAGCCGGAGCCCAGGGAGAGCCAGGAAACCCUGGCCCCCACGGUCAGCCCGGACCUCCAGGUCCUCCUGGCCAAUGUGACCCCACCCAGUGUGCCUACUACGCCAGCCUGGCUCAGAGACCCCACACCAAAAAUGUCAAGGGGACUUAAGAGACACAAAGAGCUUGAAGUCCAGCUGUAUUUAUGAACUUGGUCUGAGUCAAGAACAUUUCUUUUAACCUCAAGUACGGAGGGCUGAAGCAAUAUGUGCUGCCGGUCAGAUUCUUUGUUUUGUUUGUUUUUUUUGGUAAGAAGCUUGGGAUGGAUGGGAAUGAAGCAUCGAGGGACUAUUUUGGAUUAAAUAUGGGGUAAAGUGGGCAGCUAAAGAGUUUUUUUUUUUCCUCACUCGCAUGCUUCCUGUAAAAUAUAUAGGGAGAAAACAAAGGAUGAUGCAACUCCCUCCUCUCAACCCCCCCCCCCACCGUCGGGAGGGAAGAUUUGGGAGUCUGAUAUCGUAUCAUGUCAUCAGUAAUUAUCUCAAAAGUUUGGCUAGGCGUUUUCUCGCAGGAAUAUGUCUCCACCACAGGCUUUUCGCCUCACACCAUUUUGCAUCAAUUAUUCGCAGCCCGCACCGUCCAACCAAGCAAUACCUGUCAGUUACCGCUCACUAAAUUGAUCUCUUGCUAGAGAUCCUCUGCGAGUCUAUUGGUAAUUACUCAGUCAGGGGAAUUAUCUGUUUUAUUGUCAUUGAUGGGAAAUGGGGAGGACAGACAGUGUGAGGAACAGUCUCAGAUACCAAUAGUGAUUUUGUGUAGGAGUGUUAAUGAGUUAGUGUGGCGAGUGAUGAAUGACCACUUUUGUUUGCUGCUUGCCUCCGAGCUGGUGGCGGUGUACUUGUGUCGCCUUGUUUCGGAGAGCACUGGCACCCCAAAAGCAGGAAGAGAAAUAACUUUUAGGAGAAAAAACAAUCCCCUUUCAACAAAUUUUACUCAAUUUACAAUUACUCAAACACAUCUGAUUUAUUUAAAGAGAUUUUAUCCUGGGAAUAAACUGGAGGCAGCAGAAAUCACCUCUCUGUCAAAACUCUUAAAUUAGAGUCUUGGCAAUGUUGUUGCAAGCUUUUGGACGGAUUUUAAAACUUUUAUUCCAAAAUUCAGUCUAUUUGCCUAACAUGGAAACCCACGCUUUCAAUCAUUUUGAUUGAAUUUGUUUCAGUUAACCCUAAAACCUAAGCAAACUGGCUUGAUUUCCUUCAAAAACAUGAGAAGAAGGCAAUGAGCAAUAAGUAAAGAAAUGAC